AUGGAAUUAGUUGAAUUCUAUAAGCAAAAAGUACCUCUUUUAGCUGAUAUACUGAACUACUACAAUAAGUCAGAGCAAUACAACUUAAUCAAGUAUCUUUCAGUUAUAGGAUUAAAUAAUGUAUUAGAUACUCUACCUCAAGCAGUUUGGUCUUAGGCGCAAAAGAAUGGAACAUUCAGUAAAUUAUUUAGUGAUGAAGCAAAGAAAUAAGCAAAGAAAGCAGCUGAAAGUAAAGCUAGAGAUAAGCAAAGCCAACCCAAUUAAAAUUAGCGCAUUCCAUAAUCAAUUGAUGAUUUUUAAAGUUAAAAUUAUAGAAAUGAACCUAUUGAGAUUUUAGAAGAUCCUUUAGAAUUACUGAAUUAGCCUUUUCCAUCAACAAAUUUGAGAAAUAUUCAAAAUAAUUUUUAAAACAUAGCAUCUUCAUCUGAAAAUCAAGCUCAUUUAGGUCCUAAGUAAGGAGUGUAUCAAAACUAUUUGUCUCCUUAACAUGGAAUUAAUAAAUCUGUCAAAUCAUCUUACGAAUAAUUAGAAUUGUAGCACGAAAUAAAAUAUUUAAAAGAAAAGUUAGAGUAGCUAAACAAUAAAAUCAGUAUUGAAAACUCCAAAAGAAAUUAAAGUGAUUGUUACGAAGAUAACUAUUAUGACAAUACCAAUUAAAACAGGAGAGAUGAUGUUGAGCUAGAUAACUAUUACAAUUAGCAAGUAAGAUAACCAACAAAGUAGUUAAGAAGUAGUAAGCAAAGAUAUUAAUCUCCUUCUUCUAAAAAUCAAAUAGCACAAAAAAUAACUUAAUCACCACCUCCAGAUAUCAAAUAAGUUCUUAAAAGCAGAUCUCCUUAGCAUCAUAGAUAAAAACCACCUCAUUUAGAUGAUAAUUAAAUUAAGUAGAUCUUGCAAAGAGAUGUUUAGCAAGGAAAUAACUAUGGGGGUUCUUAUGGUAAAUCCUCAAACUAUAAGCCAAGUGGAGUAACAAACAGUAAAAAAGCACUAAAAAAACUAAAUAAUCCUAAUGAUUUUAGGUCUCCUUCUUCAUAAAAUUAAUCUAAUAGGGAUUUAUUAAUAGUUCAGUAAAAAUUAUUUAGUAGCGAUGCAUUCAAUCAUCUGUAAUUUUAAGGCUCUAACAAUUAAUCAUUAGGCCAGUAACAAGCAUCGAUUCCAAGAUAGCAAUUAAAUCCAUAAUAAAAAAAUUAAUAAUAAGGUACAGCAAUAUGGCAAGCAAAAGGCAAUAACAGUAGUGACUCUAAGAAUAAAAUUAGUCCAAAUUAAUAGAACUUAAAUUAACAAAAGGCUACUAAAGUUAAUCCUCAUCAAAGAUAAAAAGACUAUUAUCAAAGCGUUGCUUAUCGCUCUAAAGAAGAAAAUAAAGUUCAUACUCUUCCAAAAAGCUUGAAGAAUGUUACUUCAAAGAUAAAAGAUGAAAUCCAAAAACAUAAGGAAUAAUACAGACACAGUAAAGAAGAAGGAAGAGCAGGAGUUUUUGAUUAAUUUGAUUAGUAGGAUGCCUAAGAUUAAGGAUAUUAAUAUGAAGAUUAAAAUGAAUAUAACUAAUAUUAAGAUUAAUAAUAAUAAUAGCAAUUUUAAGGUUAAAACUAAAUUAAAAAUUAGCAACAAAAUUUUAAUCGUGACCCAAAUAUUUUAUAACAAAAUUAGCUUUAUUAACAGGAACAAAUAUAAUAAAUAUAGUAGCAAAUACCAUUGUAGCAAUAACAGCUGCCAUUACAACAAUAAAAUCAUUAAUAUUAGUAAAUUUCUGGAUAGUAUGCAAUAAAUUAUGAUAUUGAUCCCACUUAAGUCUAAAGUCAUUAAGUAAGGCAUCAUGGAAGUACAGAGACAUAUCCUAAUGAGUUAGUUUAAUACUUAUCUGUUGAUUCUCGUUAAACUUAAUCUAAUGAUUUUAAUGAAUUUUAAUAGAAUCAAAAGUCGCCAGUUGUGCAAAUGUAGCAGUAAAGAUAACAAGGAUUCAAUUUUUAAAAUUAAAUUUCACCAAAUGGAACAUAAGAUCCUUAGUAUUUAAUGCAUAUGAUGCAAUAGAAUUAAUAACUAAAUCCUAAUUUAAUUUCUUCUUAAAUCAGCUUACAAUAAUAGUAAUAAUAAUAUCAACAUCCGUAACCUUAGUCUAAUUUAGAAUAAUAUCAGAAAUCUUAUAAUAAUAACAAUUUUGGAGAAAGUCUAUAUUAAUCGUUAGAAAAAAAAAACAGAAAUUUCAAUUAAUUAAAUCCAUAUAUUUAAGGGUCAACUCAAUUCAAUCAUACACCUCAAUAAUCAGGUACUCAUUAAAAUUAAGGCUCAUACCCAUAAUCCUAAUAUAAUACCUAUAACAGCAAUCCUUAGGCUUCACAAAACUUUAGAUAAUCAUAAAAUAAUUAACUGCAAUAGACUCAUUAAAAUCCUGUAGAAUUUGCCAAUAGCUUCCUUUCAUCACCCUUAAUAAAGCAUCUUAACAGUGAUCAGAAUUUGUUUACUAGUAAUAACAUACAAGCAUUAGCUAUGAAUAAUUAUAAUCCAUACUUGAACACUAGUAAUACUAUUUUAACAUCUUAAAACAGAGAUGGAAAGUAAUCAAAAUUGUUUGGUGAAACAGGUAACAUUAAUUAAGGUUAACUUUAUUCUAUGAGCCCAUAAAUGAAUAAUUUCUCUCCUCCUGGAUAUGAUUAAAAAUAAUCAUAAAUAAUAGGUUCUAAUAGCAUAUACAUUUAAAAUUAAGCUCAAGGAAUCAACCAAGGAAUGCCUAACUAAUAUUAAAUAAAUAAUAAUAGUCAAAAUACAGACAAUAAUAGCAGCAACAAUAACAUAUUAUAGUCAAACAAUGAAAAUUUGGUUCAUUCAUGGGUUAAAGGUAGCAGCAGUGGGCAUAGUAAUACUGCAAAUAAUAUUUAAAAUCCUAUUGGCAAUACUAGCAAUUCAUCAAAUAGACAUUAAUUAAAAGCUGGUUCAACAGGAUCUAAUCCUUUGAUAGGAUCGUAAUUGACUGUAAGUAAAAAUAUCGAAAGCUAAAGUCCAGGAAAAGGAGCAAUUGAAGAUGAAAUUUAAAAUGUUGCAAGCCCUUAGUUUAUGAAUAAUAAUCCAGUAGAAUAAAGUGUAAACACUUUUGGAAAUUAAGAUGACCAAGACUUAGCUUAAAAUAUAAAUUCAUAUAGAUUAUAAGAUGACUAGCCAAAAUAUUUUAUUGGAGAAAAAAAGGGAUCUCUUAAGUAAAAAGAUCAGUAGGUUUAAAACAACCCAGUAAAAGAAGGGGCUUCAAGAAAAGGUUCAUAAACUUCAGAUUAAAAUCAGAAUAUAUCUCCUUAAGCUGUACCUUAGUCUUAUUAAUAGAGGUAAAAUGCUACUAUAAUUGACUAGCAGCAAGAAGUUUAUUCAGAAGAAGAACCAGAUGAUGAUUAACACGAUGUAAAAAGAUCAUCUUAGAAUGGAUAUAUGAAACAAAGUGACUCUUAAACAGCAAAAUUUAGAGAAAAAUUCGAGAAUGAAGAUGACGAUUUUAAUGAUUAAAAUUAAAAUAUAAAAUACAAGCAAUCCUAAAUUUAAAAUUAAGGUAUCAGUUCAUCAAGUGAAGAAAAUUAAUAAAAUAACAACGAAGAUGGGGAAUAAUUUAAUAAAUCAGAAGAAGAUAAUUACUAGAAUAAAUAAGAAGACUUUGAAAGUAAUCAGUAGGAAUAUUAAGAUGAUGAAAAUUAAGAAGAGGUAAAUGAUAACUAAAAAAUAGAUGAUAAUUAAGAUAACUAUGAUGAAGAAAAUGAUAACGAACAUAAUUAAGAUGAAAAUUCCAACUUAUCAGGAGAAGAGGCUUAAUAUGCUGAAUAAGAAGAAGAAGAAGAAAAUGAUGAAAACGAUGAAGAAGAGGAAGAUUAAGAUGAAAGCAAUUAGUGA